GUACUCGCUUGGUGGGCGGGGCCAGGGCCCUCCGCUUGCUCCGCUCCUUCGGCGAGAAGAGGCGGCCUCUCGGGCCCGCCGGGAUGCGGCCGUCUUCGCUCUCUCCCUCCUCCGGCCGGCGGCAGCGGCAGCACCGGCGCGUCCCCGGCGCGUCGUCCGUGGCCCUCGCGGCGGGGCUGGUGCUUCUCUACUACGCCUUCUCCAUCGGCAUCACCUUCUACAACAAGUGGAUCAUGAAGAGUUUCGGCUUCCCGCUCUUCAUGACGCUCCUGCACCUGUUGGUCAUCUUCCUGCUCUCUGGCCUGGCCCGGCGCUGCGCCAAGCGGCCCGCCCGCCCCCUCCUCCCCUGGGCCGCCUACCUGCGCCAGGUGGCCCCCGCAGCACUGUCAACAGCCUUGGAUGUGGGGCUCAGCAACUGGAGCUUCCUCUACAUCACUGUCUCCCUCUACACCAUGACCAAGUCCUCAGCCGUCCUGUUCAUCUUGUUCUUCUCUCUCAUCUUCAAACUGGAGGAGCCAAGAGCCGCGCUGGUGGUGGUGGUGCUGCUCAUUGCCGGGGGGCUCUUCCUGUUCACCUACAAGGCCACCCAGUUCGACACCGAAGGCUUUGCCAUGGUGCUAGGCGCCUCUUUCCUGGGAGGCAUCCGCUGGACCUUGACACAGAUGCUUCUGCAGAAGGAUGAGCUGGGGCUCCAGAAUCCCAUAGACACCAUGUUCCACCUGCAGCCGGCCAUGUUCCUGGGCCUCUUUCCCCUCUUUGCUGCGUUUGAGGGCCUGCCCUUGUCUGCAUCGGAGAAGAUGUUCCGCUUCUACGAGGUGGAGCUGCUGCUGGUCCUCUUGGGAAAACUCACCCUUGGGGGGAUGCUGGCGUUUGGGCUGGGCUUCUCUGAGUUUCUCUUGGUGUCAAAGACCUCCAGCCUUGCCUUGUCCAUCUCUGGAAUUUUCAAGGAAGUCUGCACUCUGCUGCUGGCCACACAUCUCAUGGGAGACCACCUGAGCCUCUUGAACUGGCUGGGUUUUGUCGUGUGCCUCCUGGGUCUUUCCCUUCAUGUUGCCCUGAAGGCCCUCAGUGCCACAGGGCAAAAGGGCACUCAUCAACCCAAGGAGCCUGGCUCCAGCCCUGACUUGGAGCUGCUGCUGCUGCAUCGCCAGGAGCAAGAGGAUCCCGUGGGUUUCCCCCAACGCUGAACCACUCCAGCAGCUCAGCCUGGAUGGGCCUGGCAAUCACAAGGCAGGAGUGUGGCAGCCCUCUUGUGUGGCCUGGGAGCUCAUGCUGGGGUCUGUGGGGCUUAUGGUGGGGCAGUGUCCCAAAGGAAAGAUGGGGAGAGGCUGAAACAAUUGGUGUUACAGGAAGGGUCUUGGGGGCCAGGUCAUAGGAUGCUUGGGGAGAGGGAAUGGGGUGCAGGCACUGAGGGGGCGUGACUGGCCCAGAUAGCACACUUGGUGCCGAUUGUGAAACUAAGCUGAAUGUGCCAUGCUGAGUGCUCCCUUGGCCUUGUGUAGGGGGGCAGUGGGGGCACCUCAUGUCUGGACCCAUCCUUCUCUGCCCUGUGUGCACCUUUCUUUGGCUUAGGGUCGGCAGCUGUGCAUGUUGCGUGCAGAUGUGCCAAUGCACGGAAAGGCAGUUGGUGUGAUGGACCAGCUGGGCUGAAGUUGGCUGUGGGGGGGCAUUUUGCUUUCAUCUGCUGCUGGAUUUUGCAGUGGUCCUUGAAGCUGGUGGAGAGUUGAUGUCACAGUGGUUUUUGAAAAGGGACACUUUAAGAUGACCCUUGAGCUCCAGGCCGUUGAGACUGGAGUCAUUGGCUGCCAGUUUGGUAGCCAGGGCUGAGGAGUAAGUUGCAGAAAUGUGCCUUGGGAGGGAUGUGGGCGAAGAGCAAGACCUUUGGGCAGCUGGACUUGCAGGUGAGCAAGUCUCGGAUCACUGUCUCAGGAGAGAACGUGGCAGUCUCCUUGCUGGUUCACCUCGUCCCCAGCCAUGGCUGCUUAGAACGGCUAAGAAGCUCACAAGAAGGGUGUGGCAGUGCCCACUCGGAGGGCGUGCCCUGUGGAAGCCCUGCUGGCAGGCAGUGAGGUAGGCCUCUGAACCCAGAGUGCCCUGGACGAGUUGAUGCAUUUUCAGUGAAGAGAAGCUGUUCCUUACCAUCUGGCCAGGAUGCCCCUUGGAGAACAUGACCCAUUCAGAGAGGAUUCUUUGGCACAAGGUUCUCUUAUGGUUGUCAUCAUUAUGACCUUGAAGGAGGUCUGGGAAUUUCCUCUACCCAUCUCUGGGCUCAGGAGAAUAGUGGGAUCCCCAUUUUUGGACCCCUGACCCCUGUGCAUCUUUGCUUUGAAGCAAAUCCCAUUGAAUUCAGCUGAACUUGCAAGUGAGCAAGUCUCGGAUCACAGCCUCAGGAGAGAACUUGGCAGCCUGCUGGCUCACCUCGUCCCCAGCUGCGGCUGUUUAGAAUGGCCCCGAGAAGCUCACAGGAAGGGUGUGGCAGUGGCUACUCAGAAGUGCCCACCGUAUUUUAAAAUGUGACUACGCCACCCACUCCUAUGUAAUGGCAACGGUGAUGCUUGCAGUUUUUAGGAACCUUAGGAGAGUCUUAGUUGGACCAAAGUGGGCCCAUCUCGACCAGCAUCCUGUUUGCCACAGGGCCAACCAUAUGCCCAAGCAGGAAGCCCACAAGCAGGCCCUGAGCACAGCAGCAAGGCUCUCCCCACUUGUGAUUCUGAGGGACUGGUGUUUAGGCAUGCGGAUGCUGGAGGCAGCACAUAGCCACCGUGACUAGUAGCUGUUGAUGGGCCCCUCUGCCCUUUGGAUUUCUCUGGUCCCCUUCUGAGGCCACCUGAGUUGGUGGCCCUCACCUGGUCUCAUGGAAGUGAGUUCCAUCGUUAGCAGUGCGCUCUGUGAAGAAGUGCCUUCCGUUUGUCCGUCCUGAAUCUCCCUCCACUCUUCAUUGGAUGACUCUAGCUGGGCUCUAGCGCAGGGAGGGAGGGAGAGCAACUUCUCUCCGUUCACGUCAUGCAUAAUUUCAUGCACCUCCAAUAUAUACCUUUUUCUUUUCUAAACUGAAACUGUUGUAGCUAUUCCUCAUAGGGAAGUUGCCCUAGUGCCUUAAUUGUUUUGGGUUUGGGGGUGGAAGGCGUUACACUUGAUCAUUGUGGUUGCCCUUUUCUAGACCUUUUUCCGCUUUGAUAACACAGAUCCUAUUUUGAGAUGAAGCAACCAAAACUGUGCACAGUAUUCUUGUCUGACCACCAUAGACUUUGAUAAAGGCAGUGUAACUACAGUCCUACCCUUAUGAAAAUCUGUGGUAUGAUUGAACUUGGAAUGCUGUAUACAUCUUCAUUUUCGAUCUGUAACUUGGGAUUUGCCUUUUUGACAGCCACUAUACAUUCAGCUGAUGCUUUCAUCGAGCUGCCCUCUAGAACCCCAAGAUCCUUCUCGUGAUCAAGUCACUUGGAUCCCAUCAGUAUAUAUGCAAAGUUGGGAUUUGUUUUAGUCCAAUUGAACCCUAUUGCCAUUUUAUUGUGCAUCCACCCAGCUUGUUUGCAAAAAUCCUUUAGAGCACUUUGCAGUCUAUCAUUCUUACCCUCUUGAAUCAUUUCAUGUCAACUAUAAUCUUGGCCACUCCUCAUCCUUUAACACAAAAUCAUGUAUGGUCAAGUUAAAAAGUACAGGAGGCCCCAACACGGCUGUGUUUCUUUCAUUAUGUGAAUGGUCCAUUUGUUUGUCCUUUCUGCUUCCUGUUCAACCAGUUGCCAUUCCGUGAGAGAUCCUGUCCUUUUAUUCCAUAACUGCUAAAUUUACUAUGGAGUCUGAGAACACAAGGGAGGGGUUUUUGGGAAGAGAGAUUAGUUGCUUCUUUAUAAAUGUCUGCUAGUAUCCUCAGGGAGGGUGUUCAGUAUCUUCCGCACUCUUUGCCUUUGUGACACUUUGCACCACUCUAUCUGGGGCAGGAUUCCUGAAUUGGCAUUCAGCUAGUGACCUUCCUUCUGUUCCAGUAUUAAGGAGGCUGGGUUUGGUUAAUGGUGCAGCUGGGCCGCCUCACUGGCUGACUCUUUUCUGGUGUACUGAAUAAAAUGCUUUGUUUUUCUUCCUCCUUAACAUGCUAUCUAUCUGGCUUUUAUCAGAUUUGAUUUGGGUUUUUGUCUUGGUUGCCUCUGUUGCAGCAGUGUGGCUGUGGGCACCUUCUUGCCUUCUGUAACCCUUUUGAAUUUUACCAUGUGGGAUCUAUUUUAAGUUUUCUUCUCUGUGCUUUUCCUAAUAUGCGGCAUACUUUUUUUUAAAAAAAGAAGCAACUACAACCCUUAAACUUUCUCAAGGGAUUUGACCUCUGCCUGAAGGAGAAUGACCCCAAGAUAUGAUACCUGGGUAAAUCUUUUCAGUUAAGGAGUGGUGGUGUGUGAGCCACGAUCAGUAGCAGAAGGCUGGCAGGAAUCAAAAGGGGACUUUUACUGGCCAAAAUGGGAAGCAUUGUAAUGUACAUUCCGCACUUAACACACAACUGCCUUGCAGCCCCCUUGGCAUCAAAAGGCAAGCUAUAAACAGUUGAACCAAGAAA